AUGGAAAAGGAGGCACCUUAUGAGAAUGAUUGGAGGCAACUGGAACCCAUCUAUGGCGUGAAAGUAUUCCUGACAAUCCUAUACAGCCUCAUUCUGGUGACGGGCAUUGUGGGUAACUCCGCCACUAUCCGGGCCACACAGGUUCUCCGGCGUAAUGGCUAUCUUCAACGUAAUGUGACGGACCACAUGGUAAGCCUGGCGUGUUCAGACCUCCUGGUUCUGCUGGUGGGGUUGCCCGUGGAACUCUAUAGCACCAUCUGGUUUCCGUUCACCUCUGCAUCUGGGGGAGACGCUGCUUGCAAGGUGUAUAACUUCAUCUUCGAGGCGUGCAGUUAUGCUACCAUUCUAAAUGUAGCCACGCUCAGCUUUGAGCGUUACGUGGCCAUCUGUCACCCAUUCCGAUUCAGGACCCUAGCCGGACAGCGUACAUCGGCAUUGGUUACCUUGGCCUGGAUGGUGUCUGUUCUGGUGGCGCUGCCGCUGCUUGUGGCCACAGGGACCGAGGGCCAUAUACCCGUCUCAGAGGUUAGGACAGUCCAGGGCUUGAGCUUCUGCACCAAUCUGAAGGAGCGCUGGCUGAUGUACCAAGUCAGCAUUUUUGUAGCAUUCAUCGUCUACAUGGUGAUUUUGAUCGGCGUGGCCUUCAUGUGUCGGGCUAUGAUCCUGGUCUUGAAGAAGUCUGUUGGAUCUUCAGACAAAGGCAAUGAUGGAUAUCACAGGACCACCAAGCAUGAAAGUACAAAGAUGAAGAUGGCCAAGAAGCAGACCAUCAUUUUUCUAUGUCUCAUCGUGGGAUCGUUGCUGCUGUGUUGGUUUCCCAAUCAGAUCCGCCGCCUCAUGAUGGCCGCCGUGCCCAAGUCCCGCUGGACGACGGCGUACUUCCGCAGCUACGUCACCCUCCACCCGGUGGCCGACACCUUUUUCUACCUCAGCUCGGCCCUCAACCCCUUCCUGUACAACGUGUCCUCCCAUCAGUUCCGGGAGGUUUUCGCUCAAGUGCUGCGUUGCCGGCUAACCAUCGAGCACGUCAACAAGCAAACCGUGCCGAAGUUCCGCGCCCAAUCUGGUCGCUCGCUGCGGCCCCUGCUGUUCAAAUCCAAGCGCCAAAGCAAGAGGACGCAGACCAGUCUGGCCAAAGAAGAGACCACCCAGAGUCAAAGUGACUCGGGAGUAGUGGCGGAUCCGAAACCCGUAGAGUUAGAUAUCACAACGCAGACUGUCGUUCUGUCAGGAACAGAACCAUAA